GUCAUUUUUGUGCGUCACUUACGGAAGGGGGGUGGUGGAUGCCCAUUCGAAUCAACAAUCCUCUGUUGUCGUUCAGCUGAAGAGUAGCCAUUGGAAUGCCGAAAAAGUUCCAGGGCGAGAACUCCAAGGCGGCCACUGCCAAGGCCCGCAAGGCAGAGGCUAAAGCGGUGGUAGACGCCCGCAAAAAGCAGGAGCUGGAGGACGCCCUUUGGCAGGAGAACGAUAAACAUGUGCUAAAGAAAGAGCAGAGAAAGGAUGACAAGGAAAAAAAACGUCUGGAGGCUUUGGAAAGAAAGAAGGAGAAUCAGCGACUCCUGGACGAGGAGAGCGCAAGGAUCCGGGGAAGAGCCACCGCGGAGCUUGCGACCGGCAAAGUCACCGGCAAGGUCACCAGGGCACAGAUUGAGGAGACACUUCGCAUUGAACAGCAACAGCUCGAAGAAGAGCCCACACUGAAAGAGAAGAGCCACCUGGAGACUCCCCUGGAAGAGAACGUGAACAGGAUCGUCUUUGAGGAAGGGGAAGUGGAGGCCAGAACCAUAGAGGAUGCCAUCUCCGUGCUCAGCACGAGCGAGGAGGUGGACCGCCACCCCGAGCGCAGGGUGAAGGCGGCGUACGCGGCGUACGAGGAGGCCAACAUGCCCCGCCUGAAGAUGGAGAACCCCAACAUGAGGUUGUCGCAGCUCAAGCAGCAGCUGAAGAAGGAGUGGAUGAAGUCUCCGGAGAACCCCCUCAACCAGCAUUUCAACACCUACAACAGCAAGUGAUCCGGCUCUGGGAAACGAACUGUGCCCGGCACACUGGGGGGGGAUAUUACUUUUUGGAAGAUGCAACUCGUUUAUCGUUUGUUCCCCCCCCCUUAUCAUGAAGUACGACGCGGGGGGGGGGAGCCUUCUCCAAUCAAGGAGUCGUGUCUGCAACAAUCCACUUCCCUUUCAUUUGAAAAUCGCUGGUUGCAAGCCACCAAUUUUCACGUCGGUGUGCCCAAUGGUGAGGCCUGCAUACAGGGUGAAGUUGUUUUUAUUUCUGGUAUUUAAAUAAAUAAAAAUGGGAGGCUGAGGGGUGGCAGACGUGAAAAACGAAUUAAAGUAACUUAUUUCCAGUUGAAUCACCCAUUUUGGUUCUAUUUAUUUUGGAUUAGUUUGGCCGUAUUUGUGUUUGACAGCAUUGCAUGAUGGCAGCCCUGCAAGAAGCUGGGAAGUGAAAUCCUAUUUGCUUGACAGUUCCUUUAUGGCUCUCCGUUAUUUUGCAGAGGCGCUUCGGCUGAAGUUUCCGAUACAUACUCCAGAUGCUUUUUGCUACAGUUACUAACAAGGGUCUCAAUAAGUCGUGCGAUACUUAUAAUAAUAUAAUUAUAAAGAAAUAUCAAGGAGUGCUUUACCAGAGUACAGUUAGAAAAUCACCACUUGUGUAGAUGAGGUGUGAUCAUCUUUUCUGCACAAAGAGGGGAGUUUUUUGGGCACGCCGACAUAUCAGCUGAAAUGAUGGCCAUUUCAUUGGUUGUAUUGCAGUCUUGAUUGUGAUAUUUCAUUGAAUCCAAAACCCUGUACUGCAGGCUCUCUGCAUUUCAUGAGUUGCGUUUGAAGACCAGCUGGCACUUCAGUACCCAAACUGUUUUCAGGGAACAUAGCGAAUAUCUAACGAGGUGUGAUGUCACACAAAAAGGUGCUGUCAUGUGACCUGGAGCCUCGUGCAUGCCUUGAGUGACUGAUUCAAAAGCUUGUCUGCAGCUGAGGAUGCUAUAUCACAGAGUCAAUUUAUUUGACGCUAGUUCGACUGCAUUCUUCUAGACCAUUCAGUCCAAAAACAAUAUCUAAAUGACUGAUAGCUGAGUGAGUUGACUGAGGACUCAGACGCAUGAUCAGAUAAAUGAAAACAGGGAUUAUAUUUGCUUUGCUCUAUUGUAGGUGCCAGUACUUUGCAGGUCGAUGAAAUUGUGCCUCUUAACCCUCGUGCUGCCUUCGGGUCACAUGACCCAAAGGUUCAUAACGAACCAUCGUUGUGUUUACCCAAUUUUACCCAAUACAAAAACAAAUUAAAAUAAUUUUCUUUUAACCUUUGCAAUGUGGGGGGUCUGAGACAGCCUAGCUGUUAAAAGAAAAUGCUUCACUUUGUCUUUGUAUGCGGUAAAUCUGUCGCAAUACGAAGGUGGGUCACAAUGACUGAUGGGUCAGAAUGACCCGAAGAUAACACAAGGGUUAAAAUGAUGAAAUAUUACAAAUCAUAUAAACAAUUUAUAACCAGUGUGGCUUUUCAGUUUCUGUGACUAAACUAACACAAACGCAAAUAAAUUGCAUCUUCCAAAGUG